CUGAAACCGCUGCUGCUCGGGAUCUUCGCGUUUCCCUUGGGCUCUUUGCCAUGACGAUAUGGAGGAGUCAGCGAAACCUCUGUAAGGGCGUGAGGCUCCUUCAGCAAGAUGUUCAAGAGCUGCUGGAAAAGCCACUGUGUCAUUCUAAGGAGGAGGAUGGAGAUGAGGGCGAGGAUGAUGAGGAGCUGGAGAACAUCGCGUUGUGGAGCGGCGGCCUGUGUCUGCCCUUUGAUCCGGAUGAGUAUGUCGGGGCGGUGACCAUCAAGACUGAUCAAGGAGGAUCUGGCGAGCGCUUCGUGGCAAGCAGGGAUCUAGACGCUGGGACCCUUGUUCUCGCCGAAUGCGCCAUUGCAACAGGCGUCAAGGCCGUCAGCUUCUACCGCUCCCUGUACAACGACGCAUCGGCGAGCGAGGCCGACUUGCCGAUGGGCAUCGACACUGCUGGUGUGCUAUCCGCUCUCGUGGAUGUCAUCCUCGUGGCGGCAGAGGAGUCGACAAAGGCUCUGAGGGAUGUGUUUGGUAAGCUCAAGGGUCUGUACCCCCGGACCAAGAAGGAGCUGAAGCAGCUGGGCAAAUGGGAGAGCGGCGAGACGCGGGGGAUACUCGACAGGCAUCUUGACAAGGAGCUGACCGAUAUGCUGCAGCGGAUCCGUGGUCGUGUUGACAUCGACGACCCUGCGAGAGAGAAGGAGCGGCUCAAGUGGGUGGUCAGCCUCAACGCUCUCGGCAUGUACCAGCAGUCCGAGCAGUUCUGUUACAGCAAGGCAGGCUUCGACAAGAUGGAAGCUGUCGGGUUGUUCUUCCUCGCAUCCUUCUUCAAUCACAGGUGACCCACACGACCAGCCACCCACCCAGAGCCGCCGGCACACGCACGUGUGUGUUGAGCGCCUUGUCUGUCUGUCUGUCUGUUUUCCUUCAGCUGCUCUCCCAAUGUGUGUCGAUACUCCAUCAGCGAGUGGAUGCUCUUCCACACAAUCAAGCCUGUCAAGAAGGGCGAGCCCCUCACCAUAUCCUACGUCGAGGAGGAGCACCUCGAGGAGCCCCUGUGGCUGCGCCGUGCCGUCCUCGCCGAGAACGGAUACCAGCGCUUCAAGUGCGUGUGCCCCAAGUGUGUGGAGCAGAGGGACGACCCGUCGCAGACAGAGGAGGGCUGUCCGGUCAUGCAGCCCUUCCAGGAUGGCUUUGACGAAGAGCUGCUCAAACUGCCGCCAAAUCAACGACUGCAACACAUACAGGUGGACACACACACCAUCCCACACACAGGAAAACACACUGACGCACAAAUGCCAUCUCGGUAAUCUGCCGUGUCCUCAGGAGGUCAAGAGCGCAGUUGAAGAGGCCCUCCAGACCCGCCGUGUGCUGCUGUCCGACCGCAUCCAGCUGAGUCUCAUGGAGGGAGCGGCACACGCGCAGCUGAGGAACUUCGACGAGGCAGAUCGGGCCUGGGGCAGAGCGUAUGAGGUCGCCACUGAGGCCCUUCCUGACAAUGACGAGCAUCUAGUGGCCCUGUCGACCCUUCUCGCCUGCUGCGCUGCCUGCCUGCCGCCAUCUGAGCAGAGCCACUUCAUGCUGGAAACGUGGCUCGCCACAGCCGUCAGGUGAGUGAGUGGGCCGACACACAUUUAGCAUCAAGUGGGAUACGAACGAAGCGUGUGUGUCUGUGAGUGUCUCUGCAGGAUCCACAGUGUCUGUUUCGGCGGCGGCGUGCACCUGUACCGUCAGCGAUAUCGAGUCGAGCUGCAGCAGCUGGACAACUUUCCCCCCGACACCCAUGACACCGUCCGAGAGGCCAUCUCGAGUGUGUUGACGAGGCUGGAGUGCGCCGAGAUGCGGCAGAGAGUGGUCGCCAGGAGGAAGCGAAAGAUACUGCAUCGGAUGUUUGUGUGGACGAAGCGAAGGAGGCCUGCAUGAAUGAGAUUGUAGUGUGUCGUGUUGUGUGUUGGUGGUGAUGCGAUCGGUGAUUUGCUGGGGUGGUGCACGACUGGUGAAUGCCGUUGUGUUUAUUUACGAGUGUGGAAGGAACGGCUGGUGUGCAAAUUGCGGUUAUUUAAGUACUCGGCGCCUCGCCGGCCACCAACAGAGUGUGACGAU